AUGUCGAGACAAUAUCUCGCGUGGGGCUCCGCAGACAAUGCGCACCCCGUCGAUAUUUUCUCACUGGCCGCGACCGAGAAGCAGGUCAUCUCGGCAUCGGGUGCCCCAUCCCUCAAGGUGCAUUCCACCGUUGAUGCAGACUUCCCACUGGUGCAAUCCCUCGAUGGGGCCCACGCUCUGGGAUGCCAUCACGUUGUCACCGACGCCGGUGGCACGCGGGCCGUGAGCGCUGGAUUUGCAGGAGAUGUCAAGGUCUGGUCCUGUCAAGAUGGCUACUGGUCCGCAGACGCGGCAGCUUCAGCCAAUCUGAGCGAACUGAAUGUAUGGGCGGUGGCUCUAUCCGAGAAUGGACAGUAUCUUGCAGGCGUCUCUCAGGACGGCCACAUCGGCGUGUGGGAUCUGAAGGCUGAUGGCGCACAAAUACGAGAUCAUGAGACCAAAGGCAGCUUCGGCACCUGUGUCGACUUAUCGGCCGAUGGUCAAUUUAUUGCCACGGGGCAUGAGAAUGGUGCUGUCUACAUCUUUACCACAGAACAUGGACGGAUGCCGUUCUCCCUAUCAGGUUUGGUGAAGCCCGUACGAGCCGUGGCUUUCUCACCCGGUGGAAAGAUUCUUGCAGCUGCGGGAGACUCGAAAGUGAUCGUGCUGUAUGAUACAUCCUCUGGCGAACAGAUUGCCAAUCUCUCUGGCCACUCUGCAUGGGUCCUGUCUCUUUCCUGGAGCACCACCGGAGAGUAUCUUCUCAGCAGCUCGUUCGACGGCAAAGUGAAGGUAUGGUCGAUCGACACCAAAACAUGCGUCGCCACCCACUCCGAGACCGAAAAAGCUGUCUGGAGUGUCAAGUGGCUCCCAAAGACCGCUAGGUCAGAGGGCUUUGCAACUGGCGGUGCAAACCGCAGUGUGGCCUUCUACCGCGAGGCUACCGGUGGCUAG